UCCUCCUGGAAACAAUCCAUCCUUCACUUCUGUUUCCUCCUUUACUCAGUGUAUUCUAAGAAGAAAAAAAUGGGCAGAGUGAGAAGCCGAGUUGCCUCUUUGUUCAUAUGGACCUUGGUUGCUGGGAUGAUAUCCCAGAACUUGGUCAUCCCUGUUAUGUCCUCCACUGUUGAAGACCAGAAGACCUACUACUCUCCAGACCCACAUGCAGGAAGCCCCCCUGGAGGUUCACACAGUCCUCCUUCCCAUCCACCAUCACAUGGUGGUAGCCCUCACAGACACCACUCUCAUGGAAGCCACAACCCAACACCAUCAUCACCGCCUUCCAACUGUGGCACCCCACCAUAUCACAACCCAACUCCAUCACAUGACCCUGGAACUCCAUCCGAGCCAUCAACACCCUCAACUCCUCCAAGUGGCGGCGGCUACUAUAACUCUCCACCAACUUCAGGAGGCUACAGCCCCCCACCAACACCAGACACUUCAACCCCUCCCACACCAGACAUUUCAACCCCUCCCACACCAGACAUUUUAACACCUCCCACACCAGACAUUGUUAGCCCCCCAAUCCCAUACAUUGGAACCCCACCAACUGACCCAAACACUCCAAGUAUUCCUACACCCCCUUUUCUUCCUGAUCCCAACUCUCCACCGUUUACAUGCAUCUACUGGAGGAACCACCCCACAGUGAUAUGGGGUCUGUUAGGCUGGUGGGGAACUUUGGGCCAUGCAUUUGGAGUGACUAGCCUUCCAGGGUUUGGCUCAAGCACCAUGAGCUUGCAGCAAGCGCUUUCCAAUACACAUACUGAUGGGCUUGGUGAACUCUACAGACAAGGAACUGCUGCCUUGCUGAAUUCCAUGGUUGAUAACAGGUUCCAUUUCACAACCAAGCAAGUCAGGGACAGCUUUGUGGGAGCUCUGGGAUCAAACAAAGCUGCAGCAUCUCAAGCCCGUGUGUUCAAGCUGGCUAAUGAAGGAAAACUCAAGCCUAGAGCCUGAUCUCAAUCACAUCAUCAUCUGCUUUCAUUUCCUUUCACAGUUUAUCAUGACUACGAGUUCUUUACCAAUAUCUAAGACUAUUUUAGAGUGUGUUUUGUUCUAGAAAUUUGUGUUCCUUAGUGCCUAAUUAUAUUUAAAAUGCUACAGCAUUUUAAGAUGGAUACUGGGUUUACAUUAAUUUAAUGCUUAGCUUAUGUUGUUUUAGUUUUAAA